GAGUGAAUUUUUACUCUACGUAAUAAGUUCAUUUGACUAAUAGCACUAGUAGCAGUAGAUAGUUGGAAAAAUGCUUGAAAAAGGUCCUACCUAUUUACCACCCGUAUCGGGUAUGCCCAACAUGAUUAGCAGUCUUUCUGAAAAACUGUCUGCGCAGCAGGGCCUGCUGCAGGAUUGGGCAUUGCUCGCGUUAGCCUAUCUCACUUUUCAGUUGUUAAUCAGGUUGGAUCGUUAUUUUCAACAGGACGGCUACGCUGGUUCUACGGUUGGUACAGUAACUGAAAAGGAAGCAACAACUUUGACGGCAGCUUUUUACCAAUGUGACGUACCUUACUUUAAUGUUGUUCUUCUGCGUAUACUUUUUGGAGUUGCUGGUGUUGCAUUUGUCGAUGAUCGUGUAUCUAAUAUGAGUGUUGCUUGGCCUAGUAAAAAUUAUGAAAGCUUAUCCUAG